AUGCCAUGUGAGGGCUGCGGACUAUCGGAGGCCGCGAUGCAGUGCCCGACGUGCAAGAAGUUGGACAUGCCACCGAGUUAUUUCUGCUCGCAGGCGUGUUUCAAGGAGCACUGGGCCGAUCACAAGCUGAAGCAUACGCAGUCAGCUCUGCCCACAAUUCCCACCAUGACGGAGGCCGCGAUGAAUGCGUUCAACUUCACAGGAAGUCUGCGCCCUGGAAGAAUAACACCGCGCCGUGCCGUGCCUUCCCACAUCCCUCGGCCGGACUACGCAAACCGCGCAGACGGCCUCUCCCCCGCGGAGGAAAAGGACCGAGGGGCAAAGGUGAGGGUGUACAAUCUACAGAGCCUGCAUGAUGAUAGUAAAGAGACGGCGGACAUUCAGCGGGUAAAAAAGGUUUGUCGUCUCUCACGUGAAGUACUCGAUAUUGCAACGGCGGCCGUACGUCCAGGCGUGACGACAGACGAGAUUGAUCGUAUUGUUCAUGAGGCCACCAUUGAACGGGACAUGUACCCCUCACCGCUUAACUAUUAUAACUUUCCCAAGUCUGUUUGCACCUCUGUGAAUGAGGUGAUUUGCCACGGCAUCCCCGAUUCCCGGGGGCUGGAGGAGGGCGAUAUCGUGAACAUUGACGUCUCGAGUUACCUUAACGGUUUUCACGGGGAUUUGAAUGAAACUGUCUUUGUGGGCAAGCCGGACGCCGAUAGCGUGCGUCUCGUACAUGCCGCAUAUGAAUCCUUGUAUGCUGGUAUUAAAGUGGUAAAACCGGAGGCCCUCUAUAAGCACGUAGGAGACGCUAUUGAAGCCUGCGCUGUUCAGUAUGGUUGUUCAGUCGUACGCGCUUACACGGGCCAUGGUGUUGGGCACCUCUUUCACACAGCUCCCACGGUGUGCCAUUAUGCAAAUAACAAGAGCCUUGGAAUGAUGCGUCCCGGCCAUGUCUUUACCAUUGAGCCUAUGAUUAAUUUAGGCACCUGGCAGGAUGUGACGUGGCCAGACAACUGGACAAGUACGACAAGAGACGGAAAGCGGAGCGCACAGUUUGAGCACACGAUGGUUGUCACCAACGACGGGGCAGAACUUUUUACAGAUUGGACGGAUGGUAUUCCUACAUAUCAGAAACAACUGGAGGGGUGGAAUAUACCUCUUCCAUCUCCUAGCAAUGGUGUGGCGCAUUAA